AUGGGUGUGAUGCCGAGGUCUCCGCAGGAUUCGUCUCGAGUUCUGGGAAAUUCGGGGCGGGUCCUCUGCCGAUUGGAUAAGAUGGAGUCUAGCCAAUCUAACACUAAUGCCUCAGGAAGUGCACCUUCCAUUCAACCCCAAUCUCAAUCCCCAACAGAAACAGAAACUGAAACCCAAUCACAAGUAGACUCAGGUACUGUGGGAGGGAAGAGGAAACCCCCAAAAUCUGUGGUGUGGCAACACUGCAAGAAAGUCCAGAAGAAAGAUGAUAAUGGGAUCGAUAAGGUACUUGCAGUUUGCAACUAUUGCAAAUUAGAGAUGCCGGGUGAUUCUAGGAAAAAUGGGACAACCGGUAUAAGAAAUCACCUAGAGAAGAGAUGCAAGCUCUCUCAUCUUUUUGAGAGUGGAGAUAGAACUCAAUCGAUCUUGACAAAUUUCAGUAUGGGCGGUCAAGCUCAAUUGGUUCCCUACACCUUUAAUCAACAAAGGUGUGAAGCCAAAUGUGUGAGGUAUGUCAUUAGGGAUGAGAUCCCUUUUAGGCAUGUUGAGGGUGGAGGGUUUAAGGAGUUUGUGUAUUAG